AUGAGUUACUUUUAUCCAAAUAUAUUAUGGACACCACAAAGUUGUUUACCAAUAAUUUAUGUACAAACAAUGGUUAAUUGUCAAGUCACCUAUGCCGUGUGUGUCGUAUCAUUUAAUCGACUUUGCACAGUCAUCUAUGGACAAACAACAUUUUUUCGUACAAAACGUGGAGUUGCUCUCUCUAUUGGAAUUCAAUGGUUCAUCGGAGCAACAUUGCCAUUACCAACAUUUGCAUCAGACAUUCAGGUAUGA